CUCUGUUCUGUCAAGUGUCAAUUAUAUCGUUGUGGUUAAAAGUAUAUAUUUGUUUUUAUUUGAUGCUUAAUGUUUUUUAAUUAAAUCCUUUUAAUAUUUUCCCGAUUAUUGAAUUAUUUUGUAUUCAAAAUAUAAAAUGAAGGACAACAAUGACAAUAACACCUUGGGCGAGUUAUACAAACUUGCAAAUGAAAUAAGGGAUGGUUUAUUUUUGGGAAGCAUUCCUUACAACACAAAUAAUAUUGAUUCAAAUUCCAAUGGAACUAUAAGUAAGAAGAACAAAUUAAAUCAAUCUCGAACCCAGAAAUUGUUUAAAUUUGAGAAUCCAACAUGUUUCACAUGUAAUGGAUAUUUUGGUCCUUGUUUCGAAGAUCCCACUUGUGCAACCUGUCAUGCGUUUUUAUACCCAGCGCUCCCUCCCGAAGGUAUGCAGAUUACAGCUUUUGCAGAAGCAAGUGAUGACAGUGAUUCGGGAAACGAUGAGCCCACAGAUGUAACUUACCGUCACAAUGUAUUAGAGUUUCACUCCCUCAAUCAAGCAGAUAGGCCAACCUCCACACCACCUGUUGAUUUUGAAAGGCUUGACCGAGAGUUGAAUCGAAUAUCUGUGAUUCAACAUACCAUAGACAUUAAUAUUGAGCAAUUACCACCUGAAGUAUUAAUAAUAGUUUUUCAAUACUUGGAUGAGAUCUCGUUAUGGACUGUAGGACAAGUAUGCUCUCGUUGGCGAGAAAUACUUCACAUGCACAUCAGACCUGAAAUAUGGCGAGUACUUACUUUGCAACGAUGGCCACUUUUAUGCAUUCCAACUAUAGAUAUAGACUGGUAUAAUAUGUAUACUAAAUUAAUGCUGAAUUGCUGCUGUAUUAAAUGUGUCAAACAGAUGGCAGCACAGGAGCAUUGCAGCAACAUUGAAGAAAGUUCAUGGAGGAAACAUAGAUUAAGGACAGAGCUAAGAUCCAUGAGAAUGGAUCCUCUUGAUGGUAUUCAAGCAAAGCCAUUAGAUAUCGCUUGCUAUCACUGGCAGGCUGCUAUACAAGGCCCAAUUGGUAGUCCUUAUGAAGGUGGAAAUUUUUUCUUAUAUAUUCAAAUUCCAUACUCGUACCCUAUGAAACCACCAAUUGUACGUUUCUUGACUAAAAUAUUUCACCCGAAUAUCUCAAGACAUGGUGAUAUUGGAAUCGAUGCCAUUCAUCACAACUGGUCUCUGGCACUUACUAUUAAUAAAGUGUUGUUGUCCAUUCAGUCUUUAUUAACUGAUCCAUACUGCGUGGUAAGUGCGGUAUGUAUGGAACCCUACAUUGGCAAAUUAUAUUUGGAUAAUAGGGAAGAAUAUAAUCGACAAGCCAGGUGGUGGACAUGGCGUUUUGCUAUGAUUGAUCUUGUAGGUAAAUAAGUUCUAUCCUUGUUAAUUUUUAAACUGUUUUAUUUAAAUUGUGAUAAAAUAUACAUUUAAAUACUUUG